UGCUAGGAUCCAAGGGAGCUGCCCUGCCCUGCUGCCGCCGGCGACUAAUCCUGUCGCACCUGCUAACACAUCCUCCGAUAGUCUGAUUGAGUCCAGCACGAUGAUUAAUUUGACUAGUAGCAGUACUCCGAGCUAGCAAUGGCUAUGUUCUCUCCGCCCACACCUGGCCUCUUCUCGGCUCCUCCUCCCUCCCUGUAGGCUGGAGCAACGAUCCAGCGCAGAUUUUGUGCCGCUCCUCUUGUUCCUUGUGAUCCCCUCCCUGGAUCCAGUGAGAGGAAAAUCAAUCUAAUGGCAGCGGGAGCGUGUGGGCUCUUGAUUAUCUUUUCAUGAGCUGCGCGCGUUCCCCGAGGCCCCUCCCUAGUGGCGAACCCGUGAGGCCCUGCUCUGCCGCGGCCGGCCGGCCGCAGCGCUCUGCCGUCCUGCCCAGUCUCGGGCUCCCUAUUUAACCCUGCCGGGGCGGUGGUGAUCGCCUUUUUUUCUCCUUCCCAAAGGGACCGCCUUUGUUUUUCUCUCGCCGUCUGUCUGCGAGGCGUCGGCGGCGGCAGCACCGCUGCUCCCUCUCCCUCUCCUCUCUCGGUCUCGGUGGUGGCUUUUCUUUCGAGACAAGAAAUUCCUCGGUUUCCACGCGCCCUUUGGACUUUGCCCUUUUUUCCUCUGUUUCUGCUUGGGGCCAUACGAGGCGGCGGCGUUUGGGGGGUUUGGUGGGGGUUUGGGGCUCCGCUUUGCCGAUUUCCAACUCCUUUCCCUUUGAUCUCGGGUCCAGAUUGAUUUCCAUCCAUCCACCUUUAAUCAUCCAAUCAACCCAAAUCGCGAUCUUCCGCAGCCCCCGGGCCGGAAAGUCGCGAUUUUGCUCUUCCCGAUCGAUGGCCUCCUGCAUCCCCACCGGCGGCGGCCUGCGCCUGCCGGACCUGGACAUGGUCAAGGCGGCGGCGGCGGCGGCCGGGGGAGCGGCGGCGCCCCCGCCGCUGCGCCCGGCCUCGCACUCCUCCGCCUCCUCCACGCUCUCCGAGGCCUCCCACUCCUCCUCCACCUCCUCGCUCUCCCUCAAGCGGGCGCGCACGCCCAGGAAGCGCCCCAACCAGACUUACAACGAGGCGGCGGCGCUCCUCGCAUCCAUGUACCCCUCCGUCUUCCCCGCCGCCGCCGCCGCCGGCGGCGGCCACACAACGCGGCUUCUCGGCCUCGCCUCCGCCCUCGCCGACGACGCCGCCUGCGCCGACCUCCUCCCGCCGUUCCCCGUCCUCGGGAACGCCGCCUGCCUCCUCCGCGACGCCCCGCCGCCGCCCUCGCCACGGAGCCCCGUCCUCUCCAAGACCUGCCUGUCCCCGGCGGCCGUCAGCAGCGCCUUCUUCACGGAGUUCCGCGACUCAGCUCCCUCCCCAGCCACCCCCGACGGCGCCGCCGCGGACGAGCCGGGGGAGCUGGACUUCGACUCCGACUCCGACGGCUUCGACGCCGACUCGUUCCUCCUCGGCCCAGACGACGGCGCCGCCGCCGAGGGCAUCGACGGCAUCAUGGGCAAGCUCACCAUGGAAACCAUCUCAUUCCCAGCCUCCGGCGCCCUGUCCAGCUCCGCCGUGGACCCCUUCAUCAGAAGCCUGAUGGUGCUGGGGCUCGGCUUCCAGCGCUCCCGGCCCAACGUCAAGCAGGCGCUCAAGCGGCACGACGACGACAGCGAGUGGUGGAUGUGCCCCGCCAUACCGCUCAAGGACAUCACCCCGGCGCCUCCGGCACCGCCGCCGGCGUUGGAGAAGAAGAAGAAGAAGACCAAGAAGAAGGCGUUGAAGGACAUUGCGGUUGGGCCAUGCAGGAAAUGUGAGGAUGAAAUCCCUGACUCUGUCUAUGGGGAUGACGGAAUUUUGGCGCUCAAGGCGCCCAAGACAGGGCUCGGCCUCAGCCUCAACACCGAGGAGGUGCUCAAGGCCUGGUAUGACAGAGGAUCCGUGUUCGCUGACGGCAACGUACCUGAAUCGUCUUCCGCUGAUGGGCUGGCUAAGAGUUCCGCCAUCGAACUCUUUCUAGAGAAUGGUGCUGCUGGUGCUAUCAGGGAGGGAGGCAUAAAAAAAAUGCAGCACAGGCAGAAGCAGUGCACUCCCCUCCUCUCAAAUAAGACCCGGUACCAAGCACGGAAGGUGAACGCCGAGUGUCGCCCUCGGGUCAAGGGGAGGUUUGCCAGCCAGGCUUCUCUUCUGCAGAAUGCCGUGAAGAAAGAGAGCUAGGGGAGGACGGUCUUGCACCCAUGGACAUUUUUUGGAUUUCACUCUCCCUCUAACUGAAGGCAAAUGAGAGCUUCUGUCUUUUCAGUUCUGCGCUUUUGUUAGCAUGCAGAGGGUAGAGAUGCCUUUAGAGUGGCUUGUUGCCAUGGGGAUGAGAUAGUUGCUGCCAACUUUCCCUGUCCAGAUGCUAGGGUAAAGGAUGCCAUAAGCCAAAAACUUAUUAGCAGUGGUAGAGUGUUAAGAUAAUGACGAAAUGCUCCUGUUAACUAUGCUUUCAUCAUAUUAUGUCAAAUUAUGUACAGAGAAACAAAAAAGGGAACGAUGACUUUUCCGGAUUCUA